UGAGAUACUAAAAGAGUAUGGGAGCAAAAUGACCGAGCUAUCAAAGAGAAUUGUAGAAGCUGUCUUGAUGAGCUUAGGGGAAAGCUUUGAGCAAAAGUUUUACGAUUCCGAAUUCAGAAACUGCCAUGGUUAUUUGAGAAUAAUCAACUACACACCCCCAAAGAGUGUGACACAAGAAGAAGUUGAAGGGCUUGGAAUGCACACUGAUAUGAGCUGUAUAACAAUUGUUUAUCAAGACCAAAUUGGCGGGCUUCAAGUGAGAUCUAAGGAAGGGAAGUGGCUGGACAUAAAUCCAUGUGAAGAAACCCUUUUGGUGAACAUAGGGGACUUAAUGCAUGCAUGGAGCAAUGGAAAGUUGAGAUCGUCCGAACACCGAGUCGUGCUGAAACGACUCGUUAACCGCUUUUCGUUGGCUUUCUUCUGGUGUUUUGAAGAUGAGAAAGCGAUUUAUGCCCCAAAUGAAGUGGUGGGAGAAGGGCAUUUGAGGGCAUAUAAACCUUUUGUCUGUGCUGAUUAUUUGAAGUUCAGAGAGAUCAGCAGUACUAAUGGGGAAAAGAAGUUUGAGAAAGUUGGUUUUACUGUAAAAGAUUUUGCUGGAACCAGUACAGAUUGA